UUUUUAUAAACAAAAAAUUUUUAUAAAAUUAUUGGUUGAGUUUAAUAUUAAAAUUACUAAUAUCUUUUAGAUAUUGCAAUUAUUAUCAUCAAAGCUGCCAGAAAACUUUUUCUUUGAAAAACUAGAAAAAUUAUCCAAAUUUCCAGUAGUAAAAUUUUUUUAAAGCAAAAAUAUCAAAUCUAUGGAUCAAACCAAUAAUAAUUUCGAGUAUGUGCCUACUAAAGCUUCUUUGCUAAAGAAAAAGGAUUCCGAGGGAUUUACGGCCACAGUAUUUAAAUCGCAUAAACCAAAAAUAAAAACUAAUCCCGAUACUUUUAAAAGUAAUUUGAAUUAUGCAACUGAAAUAAAAAAAAAUAAAAUACAACAGGACAGUGGAGAUUUUGAUAUAAAAAAAGCAAAGCAUGAUGUUAUUAAUUUUGCCAUUUCUGGAUCAACUCAUACAGAUAAAAAGAAAGCACAAAUUGCAUUAGCUAUAAAAUUAGGUGCAAAACCACCAAAAAAUGAAUAUAAAAAUUAUAAAGAAUUACUUAAUGAAAAGAUACGAAAGAAAGAACAACAGGAUCAAAUAGGAGCAUUUUCUCUACUGGGAAAGAAUCAGUAUGGUGCACCAAAUACGAAAUGUAGGAAAACACGUAGAAAAGCAAUUGUUGGACAGAUUUCAAAAAAUUAUGGUGUUGUAAAUUCGAAAAUAAAGAAAUAAUUUUUAUUUUAACAUUCAA